ACGAUUCUUCCCGAUUUCGCUCGCCAGUUCUCGUCGCCUGUUGCUCGGUGUUCAGUUCGAUCGGAUUCCCUCCAGCGCACCUUAUCAUCCGUCCCUUCCCGUUAUCAGUUACUGUGUUAGUGUCUCCACGACCCACGAGAAGCAGCACCCUGCUGCAGCACAAUUUGCGUAUUUCUCUCAAUUAGAAUGAGAUAUUGAGUGUGUCGUUAUGAGCCAAGGUCAGUGCGCGGAACCCGGAACCGUCGUCCACGUGAAUCUGCUCUUCUUCGCCAAAGCGCGCGAACUCGCCGGAACGUCGUCACAGUCGAGCUUUCCACUGUCAACUGGAACGGGAGCAUCGCUGAACGGCGCCCAGAUUUUGGCCGCGAUUUGUGCCCACUUUCCGGAGCUGCGCCCCAUCCGGGACCAUGUUAUAAUCGCCGUCAACGAGCAGUACUGCGAGGAUUUGACGGCAUCGUUGGCGAUUCGGGACGGGGACGAGGUUGCCUUGACCUUCGACAAGCUGGACGUGGGGGAGAUCAACGAGUUGGUGGCGCACGAGAGUUGCGGCGCGGUGGCGCUGUUUGUGGGGACGACCCGGGACAACUUUGACGGGAAGGAGGUCGUCCUGCUGCAGUACGAGGCGUACGAGGCCAUGGCGCUCAAGUCGAUGAAUCACAUCUGCGAGGAGCUUCGCGGUCGCUGGCCGGAUCUGGUUCACAUCGGGAUUCACCACCGGCUGGGGACGGUUCCGGUGAAGGAGGCUUCGGUCGUGAUUGCCAUCAGUUCGCCGCAUCGGGAGGCGGCGCUGGAAGCGGUCCGCUGGGCGAUUGACGAGCUCAAGAAGAGUGUCCCGGUGUGGAAGAAGGAACAGUACGCCGAGGGCCAGGGUUGUUCCGAGUGGAAGGAGAACAAGGAGUGCACCUGGUCGAAGGCCUACAAGGACAAUCACGUUCUUUGAUCGAGGGAGAAAGCCUUAAAAUUGUACAGUUUUUCAAGUUUUAUUAUGUUAAUUUGCAUGUUUACGUUGAAAAGAAGGUCAGGGACGUCGUAUCUAAAAGUUAGCAAAGCUAGCAAAAUCAAAUCGUGCAAAAUUAUGGUGCGCAAGUAGGUGAGCUGCACAAACGCAAAUGUGCAGACGAUUUCACUUUUGAAAACCCUUUAUUUUUCAAAUAAUCACCAACACCAACUCCUCGUUCAUCGUUAGUUGAAGGUUUUGAGCAAGGCAUAUCUAUGAGAUAGCAGCUGAGUCAGGUAGUACAUCGAGCAAUAUUCAGUUAGAUAAUGUUAAGUACACAACUAUAUGGGGAAAGGAAGCAGCAAAAAACGCACACUCAUCACACUGUAAACUUAGAGCUAGCAGGGUGAAGCACUUGAGAAUAAAAACGCAAUCGAAUGCAAAAUAAACUUGUGUUUU